AGUCGCUCAAAACCCGCCGGCCGUCGCGGCCUUCGCGCCAUGCCGAUUCCUUCUUUGCAGUGUGACGCAUGCAUGUGCGACAACGAGCGUGUGGAAAUCGAGGCUGCGGCAGCGCAGAAGUUGGAGGUGCAACACCAUGGCUGGCCAAAGGAGCCGGAGGUCUGCGCGGCCAAAGCAGAGGAUUACGCGGAAAUGGUGGGCACGCUGUGGAAAAACGGGGAGACCAUCAUCGAACCCGAGGAGAAGUUUAACCAGUUUGCCCAGCAUUUCCAUAGCGAUUUGGAGCACUGGAUCUCGGAAGUCUCAGAGGUGUUCCACUGGCGGAUCUUCUUUGUAGAGCUGGUUGGUCACUUUGCUUUCAGCAUCUUCGGGCCCUUUUCCACCCCCCUGCUCUUCCUUUGCUAUGGGACCAAGAUCGGUCUGGAAAACCGGGGCUUCUGGAUCUUCAAGGUCUCUCCGCCCAUGGUGUUUCAGCUGGUGAUUUGGCUGCUCUUUGCCAUGGCCAUCGUGGCAUAUUGCGCGGGUUCCCGGGAGAACUUGAUGAUCAUCGAGCCAAAGUUCGCAGCCAUGUGCCUCUUUUUGCGGAACUUGCCCAUCGCCACCAAGUAUGCCUAUUGCUCCACCGAAACCUGGAUGAGCCACAACACAAAGCACAUCGAGUUUAAGUACCGGGCAUUCCAGAACCUGCUAUCGGGAUGGUACGUCAUCCCUCAGGAGAACUUCGAGAUCCAGGCGGAGGUGGCGUUCAUCGGGGUCCUGGGCUCCAAGGAGCAGCGGGAGGAGUUCACCGUACGGUUUCUGCCGUGGCCGCAGAAUGGCAUGGACCUCUUCCUCAUGCGAAAACGCAUCGAUGUCACCAGCAGGACCAUGUUCCUGGCGCCCACGGGGGACAUUAGCAACCCCGACUCUUGGCGCCGGAAGCCGGUGCGCCGCCGCAUCAUCGAGGAUUCCUCGUCUCCGAGGGAUUCUCCGGAGCUGGAUAACAGCAUCAAGACGCUGAAGAACAAGAUGUCUAAGAAGUCCUUGGGGCAGAUGCGCUCCUUUGUCCUGGGCGGGGAGAAGAAGGAGGGGCGCAAGACCAUGUGCGAGCAGGCAGAAGUGGAGAAACACCUCUUCCAGGUGGCGGCUGCAGGAGGAGAGGUGGGGAUCGAAGACUUGUUCCUCUACAUUCUGAAGGGUAUUUCCUAUAGCGAGAAGGCCUUCAUGCCGCCCCUGCAGCGGAUCAGCGCUUUCUUCACCCUCAUCACGGUGCUGCUGCCCUCCUUCCUGCGGUGGCGGAACAGCGGCCGGUUCCUGGGCCCGGAUCCCCUCUCCGUGCUGUUCGUGGUUGGGGUGUGGCCCUCGAACUUCAUUUGCCUUUGGUCCUCUAUGCUCUUCAUCGCCGUUGGAGCGGUGGACAUGUGGCGCCGCCGGGCUCUGAUGCGAUCCUGCGCUGCCAUGAUCUCUGUGCAACGGGAGUUCCGACGCCACUGCCCGGCGGAGGUGGACAUGUUGCCGGUCUUGAACCUUGCGCACGCUCCUACCGUGGCCGGCUGGCGAAAGCUUCGGCAGCUUUGCACCGAAUGGGGGAAGUUCUACCAGUCCAGGAUCCGCGCCUUCUCAGCCCAGUUCUUCUUCUUCCUCCUGGUGAUCCUCACGGAUCUCAUCUGCGGCAUGCUGAUCCCCGCCUACACGGAGUUCAGUGGCGUGAACUUGGCCUCCCUGCUCGUCUGCGGCCUUGUGAGCACCGCCCUGGUGGUUUGCAUCAUCACCUUGGUGCAUCUGGGGAACGAGGUGAACAAGUCCGCGGAGAGGCACCGCUUCCUGAUCAACCGCCAGCGCACCUUGCUCACAGCCAUAAAGCAUGAAGCCUCCACUUCACUCAAGUCGGCCGCCAUGUGCGCAGCAAGGAGCGAAGCCCAGAAGAAUUCGCGGAUGCCCCCUGACCCUUGCCAGGAAGAGUUGGAGAAGACGACGGACCUUAUGGCAUGUUUGAGCGACGAGCUAGAGUGUGAUGGGAAUGUGCGGCCCUUGACUUUGCUGGGAAUGCCGCUGGGAUGGUCUUUGAUCUCCUUCCUGAACUUUAUCCCCAUCGGAGUGAUUUCCACGCUCAUGCAGUUCUGUGGGAACGAGGAGACUGCCCAACGCUGCUUGGCUUGAGGGCUUGAGCGCUUGAGCGCGAUAAAGAGAGUGCCCGGCUAAGCUGAGCAAACUGUUCUGAUACGAGAGUGCAGCGGCUUGGCUGCAUGAGUGUCUUUGCUUCGCAAAAUUGGGGGGGGGGGAGUUCUGAAAGUUGUGCUUCUUUGACUUCUUUCAAGCCUGGCCAGAGAACAGAAUCCCCAGCCCAGCGCGGCUUGCUCUUUGAGCAGCGUUGCAAUGAUGACUGAAACCAUAUCAUCCGACGCUCGCAAUCCACGGGUCCACGGGUCCCGUGGCUUGCGCCAAGUUGCCUUCCCUGUGCCCAAAUGAAGCGCGGCUUGCAGGCCAUUUCAACGUGGCACGCGCGCCCUCACCAGUCAAAUCACCAACACCAGACAACUUGCCAGCCUGGCCCCGA